GUGUCCACCACCUACGCGAGCUUCGCAAUGUGCCCUCCUUGCUCGGAGAGGCACCAGAAGUGCAUGAUCUGUGGCGUCGGCGCGCCGGACGCAGGCAACUACCUCCCAGCGGCCCAGUUCGCGACCGUGCGGGAGGAGAACCACGCUGCCGAGGUGCCGCCCCAGGCGCCCUCGCCAGCGCCCUCGUCGGCGCCCUCGCCGUCGCUCACGAAGGGCGGCCCCCCGCCGCGCUACUGCAGCGCGCACGACACGAGGAGGAAGCGGGCGAAGGUUGAGGCCAGGCUCCUGGAGUGCGCCGGCUGCCGAACGAGGAUCAUGACCAACACCGCCGAGUUCACGUUCUGCCCUUCGUGCUCCGAGAGGUCGGAGAAGUGCAUGAUAUGCGGUUCGCAUGCGUCGGGUGCAGUACCUGCCGCAGAGCUGCCGCAAAUCAGCGAG